UGAAGGUGGUUUUUGUUGCAUGAAAGAGUCAAUAGAUAAAGGAGGGCAUAACAUAACCAUUUGCCUCCCAGUCAAGAAGAUUGUGGAUUGCCCAAUAGCAUCACUCACCACUCUAAUUAAAGAUUUUGCUGCCUGCUUUUUUCAGUUUCUCACCUCUCCAUAAAUAUAUUUGCCUUGUUCUUGGACCUACUGAAAUGGAUCCUUCUAAAAUAGGCACUGAGGAGGAAUGCAGCAGCAGUGAAUCCGGGUGGACGACAUACAUAGCCUCCCCGAACCUCGAGGACGAAUAUGCCGAUCAGAACGAAGAAGAUGACGGCGACGAUGAUGAUGACAACGUAGCCCAAAAAGGGUUCGAAAAGGUUGCGCGAGAAGAAGCAGCAGCUGAUAGUGAUGAUUCGAUGGCCUCGGAUGCAUCCUCUGGUCCAAGUGAUCAAUAUGGAUAUGUCGGAAGAAGCCAUGGAGGUUUCAUCCAUGCAGGGAGCAACAAUCAAAGAAAGUGGACCGCAAAGAAACAGGAAGAGAAGAAGAAACAGAUAAAAGGAGAAAAGGACAAAUCAGGCAACAGUGCAAGAAGAUUGAAGAAAUUUUAACCAUACUUUUUUUUCAACAGCCCCACUUGUGUGAAGGUAUGCACAAAAUUUUGUAGCUCUUAAUCCAUGCUUAUAGCAAUAUCAUGGAGUAUAAUGAAAUGGGUU